CCAGGAUAAUCCCAAUGGCAGAAAACAAUGACACGAAAAGCGACGAUGAAAAUCAAGUAUUCGUCGUUCCAAAAUCAAACAAGACAUUUAAUCUAGCUGACACAACCUCGUUCGGAUUGGACGUAGCAUCUGUGUCAACCACAGUGGGUCUCGACAUAGCCAAACUUUCCACAAAAAUGGGCUUUUUGAUUGCAAAACGCUCCCUCGACGCAGUGUCAUGGCUUGUUAAUCCGCAGAGCGGCGAUGAGGAGGCCGCGCAAGUCAUCUCCUGGAGCAACGCUCCCAUCAGCGCCUUGCUGGCCGCUGCUUCAGCAGGCGUUUCCUUCGGCGAAGCGGUUAGUAUUGGGUCCAUGAAUGUUGCGUCUACGGUAGUAACGACAUCAUUGGAGACGGCAAAAGAUUCCAUCGAAACUCUGAACACCUUGUUCGGAAGCACUGACACCGCCCGCUGCUUGGAAGAAUUUGUUCAGCUCGUGAAGCGUGAGUGGGUGGUGAAGGACGAAGAUCGUCACCUCCUUCCCGAUAAAUUCGCAGAUUUUACACUUGUCGGUACCAUCAAGGCAUUGACAGCUUGGGCAGCCAUACAGAAAGUCACAGACGAGCAUUGGAAUCGGCAAGUGCUGGAAAGUUGCACUGAACUGGCGAUGUUCACUCAAUGGUUGGAUGACGAAGAUAGUAAAACGCUUUGCUCUGAAGACGAGUCUCAAUCCGAUCCAACCGUUCCUUUGCAAGAGCCAGAAGACAAAGAAACCAUGAUGGUCACGGGCAAAGAAGAAGAUGAACAUGGUACCGUGUUUGAAGGUACUAUAGAGCCUUCAGCACCUAUGCUUUCCACCGCCGACGUAGUAUCUCACAAUGUGGAACAAAAUAUUCCCGGUGGCGCUCAAUAUGGAAGUAGACGGAGAGGAUCUUCAUGCUAUCCAUUUAUUGAAGACAAUGACAACAACAUUGAAGAUGUCCUGCAUAACCUUAAGCGGUACUCCAAGUUCUCUAUGGGCGCAUAUGGGCGUACCUUCAUGAGGAUGUUUGGACUUGCACUACCGCCCAUUCCUACCGAUACUAGCCAUAUAAAUCCUAAUUUCAUCACAUUCGCCCAUUAUACCAGUACAUCUUUGGAUAAUGUCAUUGGAUUUCCGAACCCACAAGAAGAUACGGUGAAGACUGAAAAGAGUUAUGCACCUUCCUACUAUUUAAUCAAGGACCAUGACUCCAAAACCAUCAUCUUGUCGUUCAGAGGCACAUUUUCAUUAAAUGAUCUAGCGGUUGAUCUGACAUGCGAGUACGAUGAUUUUGUGAUACCCGGAGACCAGACGCCUCGAACAUAUAGGGUCCAUAGCGGCAUGCACCGCGCUGCAAAAGCAAUCUAUCAUGGAGGAUCAGGAAUACUGAUGACAGCCGUUAAACAAGCAUUGGUUGAAAACGAAGGCUAUGGCUUGGUUCUGGUUGGUCAUUCCUUGGGUGCUGCAAUUGCCUCCAUCCUGACUUUGAUGCUGGCAUCACCUGAAUCCUGUACAACAACACUUCAAUCCGGUUUACCACCGUUUCGGCCGGUUAAGACAUAUUGUCUGGCGUCACCAUGCUGCAUGGAUAUUCAGCUCUCUGAGCGUUCACGCAAAUUGAUAACAAGUAUGGUGUACUCUUACGAUGUGAUUACGAGACUGUCACUGGGCUCAAUUCGAGAUUUACGAACAGUAGUAGCUUGGUUGACCCAAGACGGCGGAGAAAACGAAUUAUCGACUUCAAUUAUUAGACGUGCCUUAAAUCCAGAUUCCAACACCGUCAACUGGAUGGUAUCACUUCGCGCUGGCUUGGAAGCUAAAAUGCAAGCUGAGAAAUUAUACCCGCCAGGCACAGUAUAUUGGGUACGCGACCAUCCGGUCAAUGAAAAAUGUUUUCAGCUUUAUCGAAUCGACAAGGUCGAGAAAGUGCUUAACAGUCUCAUCUUUGGUCGAACCAUGAUCAGCGAUCACUGGCCUCAUCGUUACGAGUUCAUCCUAUCUCAACUUCAGAAAGAAUCGUAACUUUUUUUCAGCCAAACCCAAAGGUCCAGGAAACCAAAAGCCGGCCAUUUGUCAUAGAAGAUUUGAUUCUCCAUUUGAAAAUACCUGUCUCUCUCUCAUUCAUUCCUACAUUACACUAUAUUUCUUU